AUGCAGAAUCCAUUUGCCGACUCUGCUCCCAACCAUCAGCUCGACAAGUUGGCGCUGGCCAUGGAGGACGGAAAAAAUGCCAACCCACUCAUCCUCAAUCCUUCAGAUUUGCCCACCCGACGGCGGCGAACAUCAGAGCGACCGGAACACGGUCAUGGCGACGCGAUCUUCGCCUAUCCAGCACCCUCCUUCAGCAAUGAUCCUUUCAUGCAAUCAUGGAGUCCAUCAUCACCAGAGGAGAGUGACAGUGAUGCAGACAAGGAACCAAUUGAUACCCAAGAGAUUUAUGACCUAAUUGCUACCAUGUCCGAUCCCGAACAUCCCAUCACUCUGGGUUCCUUAGCGGUCGUGUCGCUACCGGACAUAUCCAUCAAACCUACCAUUCCGAGUCGUCCGAACUUGAAUCUCCAGACCGUGACGGUUUUGAUUACUCCCACCAUUCAACAUUGCAGUUUGGCCACGGUCAUUGGGUUGGGGGUACGAGUCAGACUAGAGGAGUCAUUGCCUCCCAGAUUUCGAGUGGACGUGAGAAUCAAAGAGGGAACACAUUCAACGGCGGACGAGGUCAACAAGCAAUUGGCAGACAAGGAGAGAGUUGCUGCCGCUCUCUGGAAUCCUACCUUACAAAGUUUCAUCAAGAAAAUGCUCGAGACUUGUGAGUAA